AUGUUCCGCAGGAGGCUACGAGGCUUUCCUUCGGAACAGCGCAUUUACUUGAAUCGCGUAUCUCUGAUUCAGUCAGAGCUCCUGCAACACAGCACCAGGAGCUUUGCCAGCGCCCGAACCACGUCAUCAAGCUCGGAAAUAACAUCCCGAAGACGACAUCCAGCGGGGGAGGCUGAUAGGGAUAUAAAAUACAGAAACAGCCUUAAAGUUAAACCACUGAGACGUGAGACCGAGACCGAAAUUGAACUCGACAAAUCCAAGGAUGAACAGAAAGAUUAUCAGAAACGAUACGACCGAGCAGCGAGAAAAUGGAUGUUGAACAUGAUAGCCCUCCCGAUUUUUCUCGUCACCGGCUAUUGUCUAUUCGAAAGACUUAUCAUGGGACAUGCUCCUAAAACUUCGCCAAGGAUCACGGACAACCAGACCAAUGCAUCCGUCAGAAAAAGGCUGGGCAAUGCCGAUUAUGCUGUCUGUAGAUCCUGCUUAGGACACAGCACUUUAGGUGGUUAG